AUGCGUUGCAGUGUGUUUCUUUUGCUGCUUUUGGCGAGCUCCGAUGCUUUCCCGUUUAUCACACUUGUUCCUUUCUCGGUAGCAAUAACGGGAGUUAUAUACAAAUACAGUUUAAAAUGUCUCUUGUAUGAAUGUUGUUCUUCAGCUGUUUACUUCAACAAGACAAAUUUGGAACGAUCGCUUUCAGAUGAAUUGCAUGGCCAGCAUAUCGCAGCUGAGCGUGUAUAUCAUCAUUUAGUAGAUCAUAUAUCUGGUGGCUUACCACAGAAACCCCUAGCAUUAUCAUUCCAUGGCUACACGGGUGUUGGGAAAAAUUUUGUGUCAAAUAUAAUCGUGAAUAACGUUUUGAAAUUGGGAACACGGAGUCGUUUUUACCAUUUCUAUGAUGCGGCUAUACACUUCAAACACGCCUCUCAUAUUUCUGAGUAUAAGGAACGCCUUUAUCGAGAUUUACAUACAGCUGUUUCCGAGUGCCCUACAUCAAUAUUUGUUUUUGAUGAAAUGCAUAACAUGCCUCAUGGAAUAUUGGAUAUAUUGUCACCAUUUUUAGAGGUUCGUGAAUCAGUUGAGGGUGUCGAUUUUAGAAAGUCAAUAUUUAUCUUUUUGAGCAACGCUGGUGGUAAUUAUAUCAAUCGACGUACAUAUGAACAUUUAGUUAGCGGGAAGAAACGAGAAGAUUUGCGCUAUACAGAUGUUGAUCGUGUUUUAGCUAAAUCAGCAUUUAAUAAUGAAGGUGGCCUUCAAUACUCUGAGCUAAUCACCAAACAUUUGAUCACAGCUGUUAUCCCAUUCUUACCAUUGCAACCAACUCAUGUUAGAAAAUGUAUUCAAGAUGUUGCCAAACGACGUAAUGUCACAUUUUCUGAAGAUAUGGUUCAAUUUGUACUAGAUGAACUUGAAUGGUCACCGGAAGGGAGCAGGUUUUUCUCUGUUUCCGGAUGUAAAAGAGUCUAUGAAAAAGUUGGAUUCUAUUUACAACAAUUGUAA